AGCAGUUAACUUUUGUGUGCCGAAAUAUCAACAACGAUAAAAAUUUAAGAACGAAAAUGAACAUUCUUAUGGCUUCUUUAUUGCUGUACACUGUGAUAUUGUUAACUGUUAAAGUGAAUGCAGAUAUUGUUGAGAAGAAUGGAAUUUGUCUAGAUGAAAUAAAAGCACUUGAGAAUUGUCUCAAUCAAGCAGGUCAAGGACAAGAAGCAAUGAAAGUCAUCGAUGCAUGUUCAGCCUUGAUGAUGAAAAUGAAUAAGUGUAUCAAUGGAAAACAAUGAGAUUAUGAAAUAAAUAUUAAAUAGCCCUUUCUCAAAU